CUUCAAUGGCUUGGUGUGAAGAUCGUGAACGCCUGACGCAGUCGGACGCUUCGAAGGAACCUUGUGGCGGACCCAUCAGGCUGGGCCCUGUGGCAUCCGUCAUUAGAUCUGAUGCCGAGACUAUCACCGGGGACUGUUAUAGCCCUGCUGUAUCCCGCGCGACUGCUUGCUCUCUCUUGCUUCGCUAUUCUCGGACCCUGUCUGCGCUACACUAACCAACAAUCACUAUGGGACUUCUAGGCUUUAACGAAAAGAGUAAGGGCGACGCCCUGAAUGCCGGUGAGGAUGUACCGAGCUACUCUCCGGAAUCGUACGAACCGCAAGAAGGCGUGAGCGAGAAUGCAGACCAACUGCACCGGCGACUGGGUAACCGCGAAAUCCAACUAAUCGCCAUCGGAGGCUCGAUUGGUACAGCUCUCUUCGUUUCCAUCGGCUCUGGUUUGGCUCAUGGCGGCCCCGCGUCCCUCUUCAUUGCGUACACCUUGUACAGCUGCGUUAUCGCCAUGGCAAACAACUGCGUCGCUGAGAUGACGAUCCUCUACCCUGUCAGUGGAGGUUUUGUACGCUUGGCCGGCCACUUUGUCGACGACGCCUUCGGCUUCAUGGCCGGAUGGAACUUCUUCCUGUACGAAGUUUUGUUGAUACCGUUCGAAAUAACAGCACUGGACGUGGUGCUUGGUUUCUGGAGAGACGAUAUUCCUUCGUGGGCCGUGUGCUUGGCCUGUGUUGUACUCUAUGCUCUGCUAAAUGUGCUAGCUGUACGGGCCUACGGUGAAGCCGAGUUCUGGCUUUCCGGCGGAAAGUUUCUACUCAUCAUCAUGCUCUUCGCGUUCACCUUUAUAACAAUGUGUGGUGGCAACCCGAAACAUUACGCAUAUGGGUUUCGGUCCUGGCAAAAGCCCGGUGCAUUUGCUGAGUAUCUGGCUGCCGGGCCCUUAGGCCGCUUCGAGGGAUUUCUCGCUGCGCUCUGGUCAGCAUCCUUUACCGUCGUAGGUCCGGAAUACGUGUCCAUGAUCGCUGCUGAGGCCAAGCGGCCGCGCAUCUACAUCAAGGACGCUUUCAAGACCGUGUACUGGCGGUUCGGCGUGUUCUUCAUCGUUGGCGCUCUGGCCGUUGGCAUCGUCCUCCCGUAUGACGACCCCACACUGGUUAGCGUUGUUGGUGGAGGCGAGGGCGCCGGUACUGGCGCUGCUUCGCCGUAUGUCAUUGCAAUGAGGAACCUUGGUGUCAGCGUGUUCCCACACAUCGUCAACGCCCUCCUGGUAACUUCGAUCUUCUCCGCGGGCAACACAUACGUCUACGCCGGAACGCGGACUUUGUACGGUUUGGCACUUGAGGGCCGCGCGCCUCGAUUUCUCAGAAAGUGCACGAAGAAUGGUGUACCCAUUUGGUGCUUCUGCGUCGUUAUGAUCUUCCCCUUCCUGAGUUUCUUGUCAGUCAGCAACAGCUCUUCUAUCGUUUUGACCUGGCUCACCAACCUCAUUACUGCGGGAGGUGUAAUAAACUACGUCAUCAUCGCCAUUACCUAUAUUUUCUUCUAUCGCGCCUGCAAGGCACAAGGGGUCGACCGCAACAACUUUCCCUACACGGGAUGGUUCCAGCCCUACUCCGCGUGGAUUGCCUUCAUCUUCGAAACACUGGUUGUCUUCUGCUAUGGCUACACUUCAUUCAUGCCAUGGAGCGUCGACAACUUCUUCGUCUACUAUACCAUGCUUAUCCUUGCGCCGGUCUUGUUUUUCGGAUGGAAGCUCAUUAAGCGCACCAAGCUUGUUAAGCCGCAUGAAGCCGACCUUGUCUGGGAAAGGCCAAUCGUCGACGCCUACGAAGCCACCUUUUUGGAUCCCCCGGUUGGCUUCAUGAGAGAGCUUGUCCAGAUGUUCGGGCUUUGGAGGCAGAAAGGUGGAAACGACAGAAGGACGGUCAGCAUAUCUGCGUAAAAUGGUGGCCGGGCUCUUGGGGGAUGGUGCAAAAGUAUUAUGAGAUCUACAAGCGAUGCGCAAGCGGGCAUACGAUUGGUGAUAUGGGGAAGCAGUGUCAAUUAGUGUGGAGACGUGUUAGGUCGAAAGUGAUGCGUUCACGAAGCCUGAGCCUCCACACUUUGCACGUCCAUUCCUCUGUUUUGUGACAGUAUGUGAGGGUGGUUUCACUCCCUCGGAUCGAAUUGGCUGCGCCAAAGAUCUCGACCACAAGGCAUAACGUAGGUAUAGGAAGCCAGUAAGCAGUACAACACGGAG